AAGGACCAACAAGUGUAUGAGCACAACUGCCAGCAUGUCAAGAAGGCUGCAGAUGUCAUCAAGAUGAGACAGCAGAAGUGGUCAGGUUCACCCUUCUUCAAGCUAGAUAGGGGCACCAUGUCAAAGAAGUACAAGAAACUCAAAGCAAACAACAUCAACCUGCUGGAUGGUGUCUUCAUCAAGAGCAUGCAUUGGGAUGAUACCCCACCUUUGCCCAAGUUGCCUGAGAUGAAGCUAAGCAAGAUAGGAAGAAGGGUGGGUCCUAGGUCUGUUUCAUUCUGGAUGUAUUGCAUACUUAUCACCUUGCAUUUGACAGAGUCAGAUUUCAAGGUCAUCCCCCACAUCCAUUCUGUUAUUGUCCUUGAUGAUUUUACUUCUAACCUUGCCACAGAUGAGCCUUGGGAGCAUAUU